CUUUAUGUGUGUUGAAAAGAAUGUAAAUUUUUAUCCAAGAAUUAGAAUGCUUGUCUCCUGUCAAGGCUUUCUUGAACCAAGCAACUUAAGAGUCAGCUUGUCUGUUGAAACAACCUGAAUGAAAUGACCCAUUGUCUUCUCCUGCAUCUUGAGCAAUAAUAAAGCAGGUGUGCUGAUAUCAACCUUACUUCUCCCAGACAGAUAAUCUACUAUCCACAAAGCUUGCUUGCAACAUCAAGUUAAGGAUGUUUGGAAAAGCGAUGCGGCAACUCAUCAGGCAGAUUGAUUCUGGAGGAGAUCUGAUCCCAGCAACCAGUGUGUACGACUCGGAGAAGUUUAAACCCCUGUGCCUGGUCUGCAGGAGAACAGGAGGCCCCUUCUGGAGAAAGGCAAAGUACAAUUGCACUGAGUUCAAUCUGAAGCAGAUUCUGAUUGACGAUGACAGCUUACCCACAGUUCAGCAGAAUGACAUGUCAUUCCAGUUCUCAAAGUCCUUAGAGAGGCCAAUGAAAGGGGUGGCAAUAGUCAAUACUGAACCAGUGAUUGGAAAUGCUGAGAUUACAGAUGAAGUGUGCACAAUCGUUCAGUUGGAAGGAACAAAACAAGUGUACAUCAGUGUCUCAGAUCUAACUGAGAGCUUGGAAAACAGAAAAAUUAGACGCUCUUGGGACCAUAUCAAGAACAAUUACUCAGGAGACCUCUGCGUAGUGACUGAAGCAUUAAUAUCUGUACAGUCCAUCACACUGAAGAAAGUUAAUAAAAGAGGAUCAGAAUUCUACAUAACUUUGCCUCUCAACUCCUUGGUGGGUGGAGAAUACAACCUUGAGACAGAAAGUACACUGUGCAUUCCUGAUGGAGCAGUCCUUGCUUACAAAGUGUGGGACAUCACUGUUACUAAUGAAGGCAUGCUAUGCCUGUCAAAAGCAAGUAUGAAGCGUCAGACAAAGUCAUGGAUGUGCCUGGACAGCGCAAAUGUUAGUAUAGAAGAAGGGUUUGAAAUCUGCCGCGAGCUGCAAUGUCUCAAUGAUGGUUUGAAGCAACAUCUCCUGGACCUAGUAUGCCAAAUCAUUGAAGACUCCGAACUGCAUUCUAUUCUGAGUGACGUGUUCUCCGAUGCUUGUGCUGGAAUGGACUAUAACCUCUCAGAACUGAACAAACUGGAGGAAGGUAGAAGGGAAAUUGGAGAAAAUCUCCUGUCAAUCUGGAGUGAGGAGCAGUUGAAGAAUGCAGCCAAAGACCAGCUUGUUAAGGCCGUCUCCUUUCUCUUAGCAGCUUUGGAAGAUCUGCCACCAGCAACAUUGCGACUGUUAAUGCAAAGUUUGAAGAUACAGAUUCUGUCUCAGCAACUCACAUUGGUCACCGCUAUCCUCAAGGGUCUAGAACACAGCCAAGCUGACCAGAUAAUGAAAGUAGAGACUGAAAGUUUCACGGAAGAUGCGUUUGGAAUAACGGCAGACUUACUGAAUGAAAUUGGGCUUCACCUGGAGAGAGACAACGUCCAGGAGAAGGGGGAACCGUAUCUCUGUGAACUGUCCAUUGCUUUGUGCUGUCUUGAUUUACUGAACAGCCGAUGAGGGAACGAGUCACAUCCAAACAACAUUGAAUAAUCUGUCUCACAUCAGUAUUUUAUCCAAGAUCAAGUAUGAUCAUAAACUUCUGGGUUAAUUUUUACUUCAUUCACCAAAUACUAGAAAUAUCCAAAAAUAAUAAAGAAGAGUGAAAAAGACAGAUCAAAUUUUCUAGUUAAUCUUCAGAAAGAUUUAUCUGAAUGUCAAUUGUGUUUGCCACACAAUGCUGCUUUGCUUAUAAAUUCCUCAUUAUCAAUUGAUUUGUAUGGUAUGACCAACAACUCUUAUGCUAUAAUGCUAACUUUAAACCACUUGUAGAUUUGUUAUAAUGCCUGUGUGACAUUUUCACUUCAUUCUUCCAAUGUAUGUACAUAACUAUUAUAAGAAUGGCACUGAGGAGUUCUCCCUAUGACAACACAUGACUGCUCAGAACAAUCCUCACUGAUUUGAAUUGACGCAAAUGAUACCUUUCACUGUGUGUUUCAAUGUUUCAAUGUACAUGUGGCAAAUAAAGCUAAUCUUUA